GGCGGCCAACUGUGUCAUGGCUCCGUUCCCUUACUUACUACUGGUCUUCCUGAUCGGCCUUAAUACGUACACGGAAUGUUCAACAACGCCUUCCUUCACAAACGACUCUGUCACUACGACUUCGCCCUUUGUUGUUCGUCUUGUAAACGGCGCAACCAACAUUUCCGGUCGUGUGGAGGUCUUCCAUGAUGGACAGUGGGGGACCGUUUGCGAUGAUAGUUGGGAUAACUAUGACGCUGUAGUUGUAUGCAGAAUGAUUGGAUACAGCAACGCUACCCGUGUCGGUUCUGCGUACUUUGGAGCUGGUUCUGGGCCGAUCUGGAUGGAUAAUGUCGGAUGUGACGGCUCGGAGCAAAGUCUUGAUGAGUGUUGGUUUAAUGGUUGGGGAAUUGAGAACUGUGCUCAUAGUCAAGAUGCAGGCGUGAUAUGUUUUGCAGAGGAUCAAGGUGACUUUUAUCAAGCAAUUUUAGUUUCUUUUGCACAUUAA